AUGAAUGCACCUAAAGCCAUUCCUUUCAUAAAAUAUCUCAACAAUCAAUUUCAAGUAGAUCCUCAAGCUGAAUAAUUUCUAACCUCCCUAGGCUCAGAGAAACUGGGAGUUGUUUCAAUUGUAGGAAAAUAUAGAACCGGCAAAAGUUUCUUUGUCAAUCGAGUUCUUCUGAAUCAACAAGCAGGAGGCUUUUCAGUAGGUCCUACAAUAAAUCCUUGUACAAAGGGUUUAUGGAUCUGGAGUCAAACAAUCACAGCAUAAAAUGCUGAAUAUCCAGACAUGAAGGCCAUUAUUAUAGACACUGAAGGUUUUGGAGGUAUGGAUGAGAAUGUUAAUCAUGAUACAAGGAUAUUUCUAUUCAGUCUUCUUCUAAGUAGUUACUUUAUAUACAAUUCUGUUGGUAACAUAGAUGAAAAUGCUUUAAAUACUUUGAAUUUAAUAGUCAAUCUUGCAAAAGUAAUUAUUUUUGAUAAAUAAUAAGGACAUUUAAUAAAAUAAUGAGAAUACGUUUCCUUAAUUUUUAUGGAUAGUUAGAGAUUUUGCUCUUUAGAUGGUAGAUCAAUAAGGGAAUUCUAUAAAUCCAAAAUAAUAUCUUGAAAAUGCCUUAGAAUUACAAAAGGGUUUGUCUGAUUCAGUAGAAUAGAAGAAUCGAAUAAGAAGGAUGAUAAAACAUUUUUUUAGAGAACGCGAUUGUAUGACAAUGGUAAGGCCAGUUGAGAGAGAAGAUGAUCUAUAGAAAUUGGAUACUCUUCAUGAUAAUAAUUUAAGGGGUGAGUUUGUGUAACAAUUGAAAGAAGCAAGAUCGAAGAUAUUUAAAAGAGUAAGACCUAAGUCUGUAUAGGGAAGCAUGGUUAAUGGAAUUUAAUUAUUGUAAUUAGCGAAGGCAUAUGUUGAUUUGAUUAAUGGAGGUAAAGUUCCAAAUGUUGAAUCUGCAUGGGGUUAUGUAUGUAAGGCAGAAGGAGAGAGAGCACUUAGAGAAUGUUUGAAUUUAGCUGAAUAAUAAAUUGAUAAGCUUAAAGUUUAAGUUAUAUAAGAUUUACCUACUGUUAAAUAACAAUUACUUGAUUAAGUUAAGAAGUAAUUCAAAUUGAAAGCCAUUGGAUCUGAAGAGGAUCUAAAAUAAUUUACAGAAAAAUUAUCUGAAUUAUUUGAAGAAAAAUUCAAAGAACUUAAAUAGAGCAAUAAAAGAAAUCUAAAAGUAAUGUUUUAUAUUUCAUUAUUUAGAAUCAUCAAUCUAAAGUUUUGUAACCUCAUAUUGAAAAUAUUCUAGAUAAAUUAAAAAAUGAUGAAUUCUCUAACUAUUAUGAAUUAUAAUCAGAAAUGUUUAAAAUUAGAGAUUUGUUUUAAAAAGAAGUAGGUAGAAAUCAAUAAGUUUCAUAAUUAUUUGAUGAAAUGAGUUUAUAGAUAUAUUAGUAGGCAGCUGAAAAACUUACUAGAAAAGCUUCAUAGUAAACUAAUUAAGAGAAUAAGUAAUUGCAAUAUAAAGUACAGAAUUUAGAGAAAGAAUUAAAGGUUGUUUAAGAUGAAAAACAUCAAUUAGAAUUGUAAGCUAGUAGUAAAUUAGAGAAACUUAGUAAAGAGAAUGAAUUAUUAUCCAAGAGUGAAUUACAACUUAAAACACAAUUCUUAUAAAUUUAAUAAUAAACAUAAUAGGUUCAAUAGUAGAGUUAACAUUAAAUACAAUAGCAUGAUAAAUAAUUAGCCUUAAUUAGUUAAGAGAAUGUUUUCCUUUAAAAAGAAAUUUAAACACUGAAUGAGAGAUCUUCUCAAUUAGAUAAUGAAAAUAAAAAACUUAGAUAAGAGUUAAUAACAUAAAAAGCUGCUAAUGAAUAGUUAUAAUAAAAGUGUCAUUCUUUGGAUUAUGGAAGGGCUUAAGAAAUAUAAAAGUUGUAGUUAGAAUUCGAAAAGAAAAUACAAGAAUUAAAUAAUGAUAUUGAUUCAAAGAAAUAAACAGUUAGAUAGUAAAGUGAAUGGAUGGUAGAAAAAUCUUAUUUAGAAAAUUAAGUUACAUUCUUGAAAAGUUAGUUAGAUGAAAACAAAAGAUUACACGAUGCUCUUUUGAUUGCCUUAUAAUGUAUCUAUUCCUAUCUUAUUUCAAGCUUAAAAUAAUCCUUCUAAUGAUUAUUAAGAGUCUACUCUUGAACUUUUAGAAACCAAUAGAAAUCUCUCAGCUGCCAUGGAUAAAAUGGAAAUGAGGUGCAAAUAAUUAGAAGAAAAAGUUACUAAACUUAAAAAAUUCAAAAAAAUAUUCAAAAAUAGUUCGAGUAUUGUUUGCUUACAUUGUAAUAGACAAUAUCAAAGUAAUGGAUUUAGUUAACAUUUAUCAACAUGUAUUGAUAAUAAUCCUUGUAAUCCAAUAGUUUAAGUUUAAUAAUAACAUUAAUAAUCAUAGUAAUAAAAUUAAUCAAAUCAAUAAAUACACAAUUAAUCUCUUAGUCACCCACUUCCACCUCCUAUUGAUUUAAGUUAAUUAUAAAUAUCUAUUAAUCAAACUAUGGUUAGAGAAACUCCUGAUAAUAAACCUUAUACUGAGUAUAUGAUUAGAGUUCAAUAUAACCUAAAGAAAUGGACAAUUUCCAGAAGAUACAAAAACUUUUGUGAAUUACAUUAAGCAAUCAUCUAAUAAUACCCUAAUUUAAAGAUGCCUGAAUCAAGUUCAGCCAUAAUCAAUACUGCUGAUAUAGGAAGUGUCUUUAAUGCUAAAAGACCCACUGUUAUUGAAGAUAGAAGAAGAGCUUUACAAUCCUACAUUAGAGAUUUAGCAAAAUUAGAUCCUGUUAGAAAUUGUGCUGCUUAUCGUAAAUUCUUAGAAUUAGACACUAUAGAUCAAGUUGAAUAACCAAGUAGAAGUAUGUCUUAAAGUAAUCUAUUAAUGUCAUUUAGUGGGAUCACCUAAAAAUGAAGGACUUUAAUCUUCUAGAGAUUAUGGAAGAGAUUCUCUAUCAGUCAUGCCUAAACCUUUCUGGAAAUAAUCAACCUAGUAAAUUGCUAUUGGUGCCUCUACUUCAAGAGAAUAAAAAUAUGAGGAACUUCCAUCAUAAAACAAUUAUGUUAGAUAGAAAGAAAAUUAACCUACCUCUUCUGCUUCCAAUUUAAAUACUAAAAUUGAUAGAAAAUUGUUACCAUAAUCCCCUUAAUCAUUCCUUAAGGCAUUUUAAAAAUAAUAAGAAAGUAAAUUAUAUUCAUAAUUCUUAGCCUCUAAAGUAUAUAGAAUGCAUCAUUAACAUUCAUUGCUAGAAAUAUCAGGAGACAUAUAAUGA